AUGGAUGUGCUAAUUGCUGAGGUGGCUCGUAAGCGCAAGUCGCUUCAGGACAAUGAACUUGUAACUAAGGAAAAGAAGUAUUUUAGGCGGUCAGACCUAGCGAAGGCAGAAGAGCACGAGUACAAAACAAAGUACAAAUAUAGAACUAACAUUGUUCUGGCCGAAGAUGACGCCAGUUAUUCUAGCCUUUUACAGUCUACGCCAGAAGAGAAUUUGCUCCUUAAGAAAAUGGAAAGGGAACGCGAAGAAAAAGCAAAAGGAAAACUAAUGCCAAGGAGGGAGGUUAUAAAGCUUCUUCGGGAACGAAAUCAACCAAUUCGACUCUUUGGAGAGUCGGAUUUUGACACAUUUCAGCGCCUAAAGAGGAUUCAGUUACUUGAGCCCGAGUCGAAGGGUUUGCGGAACGAUUUGCUUGCUGCAAUGGACAAGGUGGAUGAGGAUGAAGACGAAGCUGUUUUUGGAGAAGUUCGGAAUAAUGCGGCGACAUCUGCUACUUCUGAUGGAGGUGCGAACCUAGAGGUUGCUAUCAAAAAGGAUUAUAUUUCUCCUGAAGAGAUGGGUGUUCUGAAAGUCACAUUGUCCUCAUAUGUCAUGAUGCGUGAACCUAACGCUACCGAUGAUGCGACUGCGGUUGCUGCGAGUUUUGCUCGAGCGUCAGACAUGCAUCACGUGAAUAAAACAAACGAUCGUGCUGCUAGAGAGGAGGUCUCGGAUCACGUUCUACGAUAUUUGAAGUUCCUUCUUUCACAAUGGGGAACGCAUUUGAAUCAACGUUCCAGAGAAGUUAAGCAAUCAUACUCUGGGAAGAUGGCCAGCGCAACAUACAAUCAAACCUUGGAGUACAUAAAGCCUUUAUUCAAAUUGCUGAAAACGAAGCGUUGCCAAGAUGAUAUUCUAGACUCCCUCGUCAAGGUCGUGGUAUUACUCAUGGAUAGAAAUUACUUGAAGGCGAACGAUGCCUAUUUAGAUCUGGCCAUAGGCAAAGCGCCUUGGCCUCUGGGUGUAACCAACCACGGUAUUCAUCAGCGUACGGCACAGGACAAAAUUCAUGCCAAAAACGUCGCUCACGUUCUCAACGACGAGACACAGCGCAAGUUCAUCCAGGGCAUUAAGCGACUGAUGACUCGUGCUCAAGAAUUCUUUCCAACUGACCCCUCAAGAUGCGUCAACUACAUGAAACUGCCUUCGAGUGCCUCUGAUACCCUGUCUUAG